UAAAAGAUUAUAGCAAAGUAUCUAUAAUCAACUCAGCUUAAGAAAUUUUGACCUUCUGCUUAGGCUUCUUGCCAUAACAGAACAGUACCAUGACUAUGACCUUCUUCUCCCGGCUGGAUCUUCAAGAGGGCCUCCAAACCCUCUCUGUUUUGCAGUGGCUCCCAGUCUACGUAUUUUUAGGAGCUAUCCCCAUUAUCCUUAUACCCUACUUUCUGGUGUUCACUAAGUUCUGGUCCUUGGCUGUGCUCUCCUUAGCCUGGCUCGCCUAUGAUUGGAAAACUCACAGUCAAGGUGGUAGGCGUUCAGCCUGGGUACGAAACUGGACCCUCUGGAAGUAUUUCCGAAAUUACUUCCCAAUAAAGCUGGUGAAGACUCAUGACCUUUCUCCCAAACACAACUACAUCAUUGCCAACCACCCCCAUGGCAUUGUUUCUUAUGGUGUCUUCAUCAACUUUGCCACUGAGGCCACUGGCUUUGCUCGGAUUUUUCCAUCCAUCACUCCCUCUGUAGGGACCUUGGAAGGCAUCUUCUGGAUCCCAAUUGUAAGAGAAUAUGUGAUGUCAAUGGGUGUGUGUCCAGUGAGUAAGUUGGCCUUGAAGUACUUGCUGACCCAGAAAAACUCAGGCAAUGCUGUGGUUAUUGUGGUGGGCGGAGCUACUGAAGCCCUCAUGUGCCGGCCAGGAGCCUCCACCAUCUUCCUCAAACAGCGUAAAGGUUUUGUGAAGUUGGCACUGGAGACAGGGGCAUACCUUGUCCCUUCCUAUUCCUUUGGUGAAAAUGAAGUUCACAAUCAGGAGACCUUCCCUGAGGGCACAUGGUUAAGGUUCUUCCAAAAAACCUUCCAGGCCAUAUUCAAAAAAAUCCUGGGACUAAAUUUCUGUACCUUCCAUGGCCGUGGCCUCACUCGUGGAUCCUGGGGUUUUCUGCCUUUCAAUCGACCCAUUACCACUGUUGUUGGGGAACCCUUGCCAAUUCCCAGGAUUAAGAAGCCAAACAAGAAGACAGUGGACAAGUAUCACGCACUUUACAUCAGUGCCCUGCACAAGCUGUUUAACCAACACAAAGUUGAAUAUGGCCUCCCUGAGACCCAAGAGCUGACAAUUAUAUAACAGGAGCCAGGAGCUGGAUGCCCCAUUAAUAAAUACUCAAAGCCAUGAGGGAUCUAAAUAGAGCCACGGGGAAGGAAGAAUUUGGAAAGAGGGUAUAAUCUCAAGGAUGAGAGGGGAGGCCAACCAAACCAGAGGGUAUUUAAUGAAUCAGGGUUCCAGCAAUGGAGUUCCCUCCCAAGUGGCUGAGGUAGGUUUGGGGGAAGGAGUCAGAGGAGCAGGAGAGGACUGAGGAAGGUUCUAUCACCCCUGGUUAUUCUAGGGCAACAAUCCAGUUUGGCAGUCUUGUGAGUCAUCCCAGCCAACUCUCUAAUCACAGUAAUGAAAAGCCAAAAAACACUUUGCCCCUUCCUCCUGAACCUUUGUGACACCAUCACUAUUUAGGUUUAGGCUUAGAAACUUUGUUUGGAACAGGGAUAGUAUGUUUUCUUCCAGGCCCUCUCCUUAUAAUUUGGGAACUGCCACAAGAUAAACCAUGAACCUGAACUGUGUCUUCCUGAUCCAAGCAGACAUGAUUUCUUCAAUUGUGACAGAGUUCUAGACUAGCAAUGGAGUUAUGUUGUUUCUUCUAUGAAAAUAAAGCUUUAAAUAUAUAAAACA